CUUAUUUGUCAACAUUUUGCGAUAAUUCGAAUAUUUUUAUGGAAAAUUACAUUUAAAACCAUCCAAUAAUGCCGAUAAAUCGUGUACCAGUUGUCCACAAGUUUGGAAUCAUUUCUCAAACGCAAAGAGUGGAUUUAGAGAAGCGGAUUGCAAAGAAAGCCUACAUCGAAACACGACGAAAGUUCGAAGCUCAGCAACGUCCGGAACAGAAACCUCUUCCAUUCGAGGUGACGGAAGAGUUUGUCUACAAGUUUAAUGACAGUAAUCAAGAGGAGAGAGAAAAGCUCGAGGAUACAGCUAUGAAAAUGCUAAAACGAUUGCAGAGAUUGGCUGGCCUUAGACAAGCUGGCGAAGCUGAUCACGUUGAUCUUCCAAGAGCCUGGGUUGAUUUGGCAUUGCUUUCGCAAUGUCGCAGCUCCAAACUAGAGGAAGCGUGUAUAGAAAGUCUUAUAGCUUCGCUUGAUCAGGCCGUAAUGAACGAGGAACAGAUUUUGAGUUUAUUUUACCUCGCUAAAAGUGGCGUGCAUUGGCUAAAGAAGAAUACAGGAAAUUCAUCCGUAUUACGAAGCAACGAAAUUUUACUUCUCAAGAUGACUAGAUUGGUAUUCAUCCGACUCUACUGUCACUAUCUCCUGGAUCAGUUACAGGGAUACGAAGAUCAACAAACGUCUCUGGCACAAUAUUUAAGAGGUUUCUCGGAAAAAGCUUUAGCGUUUGACCAGUUUCCAGGAGCAUAUCUUUCAGUUCGCAUAAUUGACGAGGCCGGUCGUAUCAUAUGCAGUAUGAUCAAAAAUUCUAAGAAAGAGGGUUUAUCUCAAGACGAAUCAAGGAUUGAUCCGGCUCGGAAAGGAGACCCACAAGACGCGACGAUGAAAAUGAAUGAUAGUAGUCAAAUGAACAGAGAGAGCAUGACUAAAACAAAGUUUGAUAAAGUUUCUAAUCACGGUGUUUCUGCAGAAGAACCAGUUUCUGUAGCGGAAGAUCUGAAAGAUGAUGAAACUGACUAUGAUAAAGGCAUCUCUAUUUUUCUUCAGUGCACUCUUAAUGUUUGGCACGUUGUCAAUCAUGAUGUCAGUUCACUUAGUGAGGUUUUGUGCGACUUACUUGAGAGUGCCACGCGAUUACUUCAGGAAGAAUGGUUGGAAGUAGUCUUGGCAUUUUAUUUUCUCGCGGACGCCAGUUGUAAAAACGUGCGUGUUCUGAAAGCCUUCCAAUGCCUCAUGUCACAGGAAUUCUCACCGGUGAUAAUACCGUUUGAAAAAGCCCCUCAUUUAUGUGAAACCUGUUACUCCAGUUUACCCACCAGUCCAGAUAAAAAGGCACGUAAUUCAACUGCAUUUCGGGAUAGUCUUCUAAGGAAUGAACGCGUGUCAGAUGAAGAACAAAACACAAGAUCGAGUUUGGUGGAAACCUUGCAAGAAUUUGUUGGUUUAGAUUUAACUCAGGAACAGUUUACGACAGAAAACAUUGAGUCAUAUAAAACUCACGACUCGGCACUUUACAGCAGGCAUCGGGGAAGUGCUGGCAAAGAUAUUCCUGUUUCCUCUUUCACAAUGGCUACCCGACCAAAAAGACGUCAUGGCUGGCCUUGGGAACUGGUUUACACAUUUUGUGAAUGUCUGACAACAGUUUGUUUGAACGGAAAAUGCGCAGAAGUACAGAAAAUCUCGAUUGUAGGCACAGAGGAGAGAAAUAGACGUGAAGUGAAACCAAACUGCGGCUUGAUUGGAUUUCUACAAUAUGAUGACAACAAGGAGAGCUGGAAAGUCCGUUACGGGGCCGUGAAGAGCCUGGUACAGAUAUGUCGUUACUAUAGAAAUGACGCCACUAAGGAUGGCGUGACCAACGCUGCUUGGUCUUCACUAAUGCAACGUCAAACUACUGAGAGCGAACUGCGUGUUCUUGAGGCAAUGAAAAUAGCAAAGGCUGAAACGGAGCUUGCAAGAAAGUUUACCAAAGAUGACAUACCUUCAUCACUGUGGACCACCCGACUUGCAUCAGCUUUAACACAGAUCCCUCAAUAUCAAGUUAUUCCCGCUCAAACACAUACACCACACGUUCAUCCGACACGCUCGCAGCAACGUCGAACUGAGACAACAAGCAGAAAGAUCCAACCACCAGGUCAUCCUGAGGGACAUAAAAAACCGACAUUGAGGCAAGACAUAAAUCUUUCGAACGCCUGUUUUGAGCCCAGAGCAGAUUACAACACCCGGCAGAAUCUUGAACUACGAGCGGUGAUCGAGGAACAAUGGAAAAAGAAACUUCUGGAAGAUAUAGAGAAUGAAACUAAAACAAAUAUUGAACAGUUAGAUAAAGAACGAGAACAAGAACUCGAAUCAAAACGAACUAAAAACCAAGAAAAAAUAGGGAUUACAAAUAAAUAA